UGGCUGAUAAGAUUCACUUCAUUCACAGCGCGCGCAUUUGACUCAGGUUUCUGGUACCUCCCCAAAAUGCCCUGCGUUCCCCUGGUAUUUAACCCAGCAGACUAGAGAAACAAUACCGACUCUGUUCAAGUCUGUGUGUAAUGGUGAUUCCUGCACUGCUGCUGAGAUGGAUUCCUUCAUGCUUCUCCUCUCCUUUCUCACAACUUGUGCGGGCUUUCAAGUGACCGUGCCCGCAGGUCGUGUGGUUGCAGUCGGAGGUCAGCCGGUCAUCCUGGGCUGUGAGUUCACCCCUGACUCCAUCCAGGACCUGGUCGUAACCUGGCAGCGGGUGGACGAUUCCCGCGUCGUGCACAGCUUCUACUACCAGAGGGAUCAGCUGGAAGUUCAAAGCCCAGAAUACAGUAAACGCACGGCGCUGUUCGUGUCUGAGCUGCAGAAAGGCAACGCCACGCUCAGGAUGGAGCUGGUGGGGCCGAAAGACGUGGGGGCAUACCUGUGCACAGUGAGCAACAAAAAGGGCACGGGCAGAGCUCAGGUCCAGCUGGACUAUGGAGUUUUCUACACAGAGCCCAGGCUGAGCAUAAGCAGGAACUGCUCUGGCAUCACUCUACAUUACGAAUCUGAGGGUUUCCCAAAGCCAGAGGUCGGGUGGUUUGGAGAACAUGACGAGGUCCUCAGCAACCACACCGACCUCAGCGAUGACGCAGAUGAACCAGGUGGAGUUGUGGGGCUGUAUUAUGUAAAGAGCUGCUACGUGUCUCCAAGUCUCUCCCUGAACGUCACCUUCAAACUGAAGAACCAGCUCCUUAAUCAGGUUCUGCAAAGACCCAUCAGCAUCACAUACGAUGAAGAGACCUGCAGCUGGGGAGCGAAGGCAGACGUCAUCUCUCUCUCUGUGCUAUGUGUUCUGCUGCUUCUUAUAAUAAUAAUCCUGCUGGUGAAGAGGCAGAGAGUCUCUCGGGAUCCUUCCUAUAAGUUAACCAACAGCAACACAAACGGGAAACACUGCCCCGAGAUGUCCGAGACUCCCUUCCACUCAGACUUUCACUAGCCAGGUCUGCUUUGGGGUUUGUGGUGGUCAGAAAGCUGGACAGAUUAUAUGACAUUUCAGAAUGAACUCUUUCACAGAGGCUAACUUAAUACUAAAUACAUGUUUCCUGAAUUCCAUGAUGCCUCACAGACACGCUUUGUGGAGGCAUUGAAAAAGGAAAAAAAAAUUUACAAACAUUAUUCAUAAGGUAUGACCUGGUGUUCUUUAAUAACUAACUUCAGGAAAUAAGAGUAAUGGAAACACACCUUUUUCUUUCUAGAGACUAUCUGAGUCACCGUGGUGAAAGAAGGAAAGGAAUUUAUGACCUCAUAACAGACAGUGGAGGUUCAGUGAGCGAUAGAACGACAGAAACCUGGAACACAAAGACGAGUGUGUGUGGGGGUGUGAGUGAGUGAGUGUUGGUCAGAUGGGUGAAACCAUGUGUAACCCAGCAUGACGGAGGUUUCGGUAAGAUGUUAUGCUUUUUAAGGAAGGAGUUUCCAGUGUCAGAGCUUUAAGGCUGAACGUUUUCCACAGCAGCUUCUUGUUUUGAAAUCGGAUUACUGGUAACAGAUUCGUGUUGGUUGUGCAGAAGUGUAACAGAUCUGGGUGUUUCUUCUUAAGCCUUUUUCCUUUGUGACUGGCAGGAGAAAGAAGCGCAGACAUGUCCGUGUUCUAGUGAGCAAACGGCCAUGUGUCCUACAGGAGUAAAGAAAAAGCUGCAGAACAUGAAACACUCGUUGAUCGUUGAAACCUAAAACACAGACUCUUCAGACAGAUGUGCUAUUGUAUUACUGGAGAUUGUUUGAAUUAAAAAAAAAAAAAAAAAAAAAAGGAAAGGAAAAAUAAAACCUUCAGAACAAGUUGUACCUGUUGUGAAGAAGGUGGCUAACCUCUCGGCUAUGAGCAGCCUAUUAUGGACCUUUCAGUUUGUGUUUUUUUCUGCCUUGAAAUGGACCAUUUGUUCUUACUGUUAGAUUCACAGAACAGAUCAGACGUUUAUAACGAACUUCCUGAAGGACCGGACUCCCUUUUUCACUCUUCUGUGACGUGAAAACAGAUUGUGAUACAGGUUGUGUGUGUGUUUAAACCUCUUACACCCUGACUUUCUCAUAGAAUAAGUGUCUCUCCCCCUCCCCCUCCCUCUCCCUCUCGAAGUUAAUUUAAUAAACAUCCUCUGUCCUAAACAUGUCAGGAAACUGAGUUUCACCUCUGACACCAGAGACUCCUUCCAAAAAUGCAUAUCCAUUUCAGGAGUUUUACCCGUUUGACUCGACUUCACGUGGCUCAUCUGCUGGACACAUCCUUGUGAUCAAGCUGUUGCUAUAGAAACGAUAAUACUAUUAAUACAUAUGAUGUAUAGCUGCAUUAUUGUCAGCGUUGCUGUUAGUUUUCUCUAAUCUUCAGAUCGGAUCCCAAGAUUCAUGGCUGGUUUGGUAUUGGGGAAGUAUUUAUACUGUUAUAAACCUGAUCUUAUUAGAAUCUAUUUAUGACCUGAAUGAGAAAAACAGCUUAAGGUUUUUCCUGGUUUUGAGGAAAUAUUUUUUGUAACACCUUUACUCAAUAAAUGUGGUGAGUUUGUGCAACUUCAUACCUAAUGAUUACUCACGAUACAGGCAACAAUGCACUUUCCUGGUAGCAGAUGAUUCUGAUUAAAUAGUAUUACCUGCUAAUUCCAGAUAAUCAGAAACUAAAUCUUUUGUUUUUCUCACGUGUGAAAAAAAAUGUGGCAAAGUGCAGCGAGAGAUCGAGCACAGCACCGUGACCUGAAAGCGGAUAUUAAGAAUCAUGUGGCAUUAUUUCAGUUCAGAUCUUUUUUCCUCGCCCUUUUUUCACCUGGAUUAAUGGUGGGGGGAAAAAAUGACCCACAGUGCUUUGUGAAUACCUGCUGCCAUGAAAUGUUUAGCCCAUGCUUCAUUCCCAUGUGGCGGCACUUUGCUGCUUACAGCCUGCCUGGAUCUCGUCAUCUCGGAGAUGUAUCCUCGCCCGGUCUCGGCUCCAACGUCUGCGCUUUAUGAAUAAUUCUUUAUGAAGAUGAUGCUGAAUGUCUAAGAGAAAAGUGAUUGAGGAAAGAGGAAAAUCAUGUAGAAAUGUUGCAUUUUAAAAUGAAGCUAGCAACAAAUAAAUAAAUAAACAAACACAA